ACAAUGCAAAUGAGGCGAGUCCUUAGGGCGCAGUUUUUGUGUGUGCGUGUGUGCAUGAGCGAACCUACAGAAUGCCUGUUAACCUACAGAAGGUAAGGAGGAAGUAAGUAGGGAGGGGAAGAAACAAGUCAAUUGCUACUAAGGCAGGGGUGUGACCGCAAAGAACUUCAAACAAAGAGUAUUCCAGUGGGUCUCGAGAGCAGCGGUGCUGUCAUGUUACACACUUUCCCACCGUCAGCAGUGGAACGCAGAGCGAGCGGCGUGAGAUUAGACGUUUACCUGAACGCUGCACUGAACUGCUGACAGGAAGCAGAGAUCGUGGUCAUGAUUGGUAUGAUUGGUGAGUGGUUGUGGUGGGACCGGCUAUGGCUGCCGGGGAACCUCACGUGGGCCGAUCUCAAAGACGAGGAAGGGCUCGUCUAUGCCAGAGUUUCCCACCUCUACGUCACUGUGCCGUAUGCUUUAGUCUUCCUGCUAGUCAGAUACUUGUUUGAAAGGUUAAUAGCGACACCGCUUGCAGCUUCGCUUGGCGUUUCAGAGAAGACCAGAUACAAAGUGGAGCGCAAUGCUGUUCUUGAACAUUAUUUCAUUACAAAGUCAAAACACCCAGGACAGGCAGAUAUUGAUGGCCUGUGUAAAAAAUGCAGCUGGUCAAGUAGACAAGUGGAGCGCUGGUUCAGGAGGAGACGAAACCAGGACCGUCCUAGUGUUCUAAAAAAGUUCAGAGAGGCCAGUUGGCGGAUGGUGUUUUAUCUGGGGGCGUUCAUUGGUGGAAUCAUAGCCCUGUAUGAUAAACCCUGGUUUUAUAAUUUGCGGGAGGUAUGGAAUGGUUAUCCCAAACAGUCCAUGCUAGAGUCGCAGUAUUGGUAUUAUAUUGUGGAGAUGAGCUUCUAUUUGUCGCUAGUGCUCAGAAUAACAUUCGAUGUCAAACGAAAGGACUUUAAAGAACAGAUCAUCCAUCAUUGGGCCACACUGACACUCUUGGCUUUCUCCUGGUGUGGAAACUACAUCCGGGUCGGGACCCUGGUCAUGCUCAUUCACGAUUCUUCAGACAUUCUUUUGGAGUCUGCCAAGAUCUUCAACUAUGCCAAAUGGGAAAGAACGUGCAAUGGCAUCUUUGUGGUAUUUGCUGCUAUCUUCAUAGUCACGCGGCUCAUAAUAUUUCCAUUUUGGAUCAUUCACUGCACAUGGGUUUACCCGCCCGACUAUUACCCUCCAUUCUUUGGAUAUUACUUUUUUAACUUCAUGCUUGUCAUCCUGUUGAUGCUCCACAUAUUCUGGGCCUAUCUGAUUCUGCGUAUGGUGAAGAUGUUCCUUUUCGGAAGUUUAACCAAAGAUGAGAGAAGUGACAAUGAAGAAGACGAGGAAGAGGAUGGGGAAACCAAUGUGACCGAGAACAAUGACGGACAUGUGAAAGUGACCAAUGGCUGUGGAGGAGGCGGAGCUAAUCAUCACUGACACUGACACAUCUUUCCUUAAACUGUGAAGGACUUUGAACUGCCCUCAGGGAUGCAAAGAGCCAAAAACAUUCUUUUGAUUUAUUUCCACACAGAAUAUGCCAGAGACCUGUCAAAACAAAUUGCAUCUUCUAAUAACACUGAAAACACGUUUAUUUUCUCCACACGGCUUCACUGGAGGUGAGGCGCUGUGUGUCUUGGCUCCCAUCCCCCCCCCCCCCCCCCCCCCCAAGAACUAAGAACUUUUUUAUUGUGGCACAGGAUCACAUGGGUAAUUAUGAAAGAACACUGCACAAAGAAAAAGAAACUCCUCGUAAGAUUUAAUAGACUCCUCAUUGUUUUUGAAGCUCAAAGAUCACGUCACACUGGCUGCCCUCGCUGUCUGGCAUCAUCCAUCGAGGCUUCAACCGCUGUGCUGCUGAGUUUUACAUCAACCUCUGCUGUCCAACGGAGUGUCUAUGAAGAACUGAAAUGAAAUCUCAAGUCUGCAUUUCUUGCAAGUGAUUUUGAAGAAGAACAUCUACUCUUGUAUCACUUUAACCUCUGGACUCUGGAGCUUCGGCUCUAACAGUAGACAGCAGACGUAUUCUUUUAGUGUCUGCAUCGGAUGUGUCCAACAUUGUGGCUUGAUGGUGUUCACACUGCAUAAACUUUUGAUGGCUGGAGGCCCUGAGUCUCUGCACUGCUGGUUUCUUGUAUGCAUUUCUAUGUGUACUCUGAAUCUGCACUCCCAUUGGCAGUCACCGCAUGACACUCUGCUCAACUCAAAUCACCAGCUGUCACUGAAAAUGAAGGACUUUCAGUCAGUCAGAGGUUUAAUAGUCACCUUCAGAUGUGUGUGCCACAAAACCAGAAGUGUUAUUUUUAAAAUAGCUAGUUUUAAAGGUGUUAAAACAUGUUUUAACUUUUUUACUUGCUCCACAAGAUUAUCUUCAAACUAGGAAUGAGGAAAUCUCACAAUUCCCAAUUCCCCUAACCUUUUAUUAUCGUAAAAGUGUAGUAACCAUAUUUUUUGGCAGAUUGAUUACCAUUUGUAUAACCACAGUUUUACCACAAAUACCAUGGUUAAACUAUGGUUAGUGUAGCAAAACCAUGGUUAAUUUGAGUUUAACUAUAAUCAUGUUUUCUUGGUUUUAUUUGUAGUAAAAUCAUGGUUAAUUUUCAUAAGGGUUGAAGAAUUGGCCCAACCUCAGGAAGCUGAAGUGGAAUGACAGGAAGAGGAAUUUAUUGAAUUGUAAUUUAAACAAGUGUGAAGUGUUUUUUCAACCUGGUCCACAAAAGGUAAUUUAAAUAUGUCAAUUAAAUGUAUAAAUAUGAAAUAUACAAACUAAAUCUAUCUAUCUGUCUGUCUGUCUAUUUAUCUGUGCCUUCAAACUAUUGCUCUGCUAUGACAGAAGUUGAAAUAUAAAAGUUCUGAUGCUCUGCUCGUGUUUAGCGUAGACACGUUUUCAUAAGAUAAUAUGUAUGUGACUUAAAACUACGUAAGUAUAUCUGAAGAAUGCUGUAUGUGAUAACUCUGAGAUUGUUUAAUAAGUCUUAUUGACAUUUUAUAAACUGGUUUAAUACUCACAUGUGUGAGUGACUGAUUUGGCAAGUGUUUUAGGCUAUUUACUCAGCUGAUAUGUGUAUGAGAGAAUGACAAAGAAUGAAUUGUGGUGAAUGAGGUAAGGCCUUUGCAAAAAAAAAAAGUAUGACAAAUCAUUUUUGUUUUUCUGGGGUGAUGCAAAGACCCACAGAUCAGCAGAGAUGGUUUUGAGAAUUUAUGUAGUGCAUUUACUGUUUUAUGCACUGAAAAUGUGAAGGCUUCAUUGAAGGAUAUAAUUUUUUUUAAAUGUUUAUAGUUUUAUUGUAAUAAAGAUGUUUUUGAUCUAA